GCUAUCGCUCUUAGGGGGUAUAUAUCAGACUUGUGGGGAGGACCUGUGACAGGUCGUACAAGGCGCAGAAAGGUUUCGAAGCAUCUUGUGGUCAGAGCUCGUAGUAGCGUCCUAGCUGAUUAAUCAUGGAGUUUUCCAAAAGCUCCGAAAAGAUGGUCAUUCCAGAUUCGGAAAUAAAGGUUUCAGGAGGGCGAUCGAAAGAGAGAAUGAUCACAAUGGCAAUUUUUUGUAUAGGUGUCAUCCUGUUCAUCGUGGGAAUCGUGCUGAUUGCAGUUGCAACAGCCGACAAGAAUGAGACCGAGAAAUCUGCAGGCAAUUCAUCCACUGAUAAACAAGGACAGACCGAGGAAACCACUGCACCCCCAACAGAGGCAACCAUUGCAACAACAACAACAAAGACACCCCUUACAACAACGACCCAAGCUCCUUCAGGUCAAUGUGAUUUCUCUGAAGAGGCACAGCGAGUGGAGCUUGGCGAGUUCCUAAGUCGAGUGAAAGCUACAUACUACAAACUUCAUCCCUACGAGGUUUAUUGGAACCCUGAUGCAACCCCGAGCGAGAUCCGACAAGAAUUUGUUGCCUACGAUCCUACUCCGUCUGUGAUUAAAAAUCGAACCGACACUGCCCUGGAAUUGCUAAAGGAAAUCAGCGAUACGAAAAUCAUUGCUGAUGCGUUACAACCCCGAGAAAGGAAAGCACUAGCUCAGGUGAAGCACUAUCUGCAGCAUAUAUUCGGCCAACCUUAUGACGUAAAUUACUAUGCAGGAGACUGGAUGUUGGGACCGAAUUUGUUUUGCUGGCAGGAAAUCUGCUACCAUGGAUAUGCUGUUCAUAAUGGCAUAGGGCUGCACCACAAACCUUACAAUGCAUCCGACGUGGAGCUCAUAGAAAAGAAGCUCAAAACUCACAAAGCAGGCAUUUUGCAAUACAUCGAGAACAUGAAGAUGGGAGUACGGAAAGGAAUGGUCAGAAGUAUAGAAGAGUGUGAAGCUGGUAUUAACACAAUCAAAAGACAGUAUUUGAAUGUUUCACGAUACAACGCAACAGGCGUGCUUAAAGCAUGGUUUGUGAAACCAAUACUGGAUCCUGAUUUCUACAGUAACAUCACAGAAGAGACUGAAACAGCCUGGAAGGCGGCACACGGCGAAAAAAAUGUCAGCGAUAGUAUAAAGGAAUAUCUGGUGACAUAUGUGGGAGAGCCACUUGAACAGAUGUUAAGGUACAUUGAAUAUGAACACUUUCGUCAUUGCGUUCCAAGCAACGUAUCUAGCGGUUUAGCUGGUCUUCCGCUGAAGUAUGUUUGGCUUGAUGGCAAAGAGAACACGUCCCAGCCCACAGACCCACUCUUGCCCACAGGUGAAAAGUUGAAUGGAUCGUUCGCCUAUUCCAAAAUCAUGUCGUACUUCACAACAAAUGACAUGACUCCGAUGGAAGUUCAUGAGCUUGGAAAACGGCAGCUCGCUAUUCUCUAUCCUAUGGUUGUCGAUGUUGCAAAACUUGUUACCGGAAUGAACGAUAGUGACACAGCAGUAGCGAUGUUCAGAAAAAAACUAAACUCAUCUGAGAGUUAUUUCAAUCCGGAACCAAUCCCUAAAAAUGAGUCUGAUAAAGAGGCACACAAGAAAUGUAGCGAUAUUGAAGGAGCCAAAAAGUAUUGUCCCAAGCGAUGGGCUGCUCUAGAGCUGUGGAUGGCGGAAUCUAGGAAGGUGAUGAGUUUGCUGUCACCAAAGACGAUUCCCUUAUUCCACUUUACUGGGGACUAUGCGACUACACCCAUCUGCCCGGUUGAUAUGCAGCCCAAUCUGAAUCCGUCCAGUGGAGCUCAAAGCUAUCGAAGUGCGGGUUCAGCCUGCACAAGGAGCGCCAAGUACAACCUUCCAUUUUUCUUGGAAAAUUUGGGUCCCAGGUUUUCUGAAUGGAGCGUGAACGCACACGAGGCGAGGCCAGGACAUCAUACACAGGUUCAGGGUAACGUGGAACACUUCCGUGACAUUUGCGGCGGUGUUAUUGGUUGGCUUGAUAGUGUCACGUACUACACAGCGUUUACAGAAGGGUGGGCUUUGUACGCUGAAAACCCACUAAUAGCCCAGGACACAGACACUUAUAAGACAGAACCUAUGCAGAAGUUUGGAAUGCUGAAGUGGCAGGUAUGGCGAGCACUUCGUUUGAUUGUUGACACUGGUUUGCAUUACGUUGGAUUCUCGCGGGAUAAGGCCCUGGAAUACUUCAGUAAAUAUGCUUGGGACGAUACAGACCUUGCAAAGAAAGAGGUGACUCGGUAUCAGAGCGACCCAGGACAAGCAACCGCUUACAUGAUUGGUCAGUUGCAGAUCAAGAACGCUAGAAAUUAUGCCAAAACUGAAUUGGGAGACAAUUUCAGUUUGCGAGACUUCCACUAUCAGGUUCUUGCUCAGGGGUCUUCUCCUCUAGCGUACCUAUCUGAUCACGUGAAAAAAUAUGUGGCGUGCGUCAAGGACAAAAAGAAAACAGGCUGUGAUGUCAUCCUGAAACCACCAAAGAAAGAGGAGGAAAAGGAGAAGGCAAAAGUAGGCCGCUGGGAAAAGAUACCGAAACCCAUUGUGCACCAUAUAUAAUGUAUAAGUGAACAACAAAGAAUGACAGAAGGAUGCUUUUGUGAUUUAAAUAAGCCACGCACCUUAAUGUAAGCUCUGCAUCACUAAAACGUUUACAUAAUAGAUUCUGUUGAUUUAGUUUGAAUGACCAUGAACAACUGUGCGUUUAUUGUAGUGGACGGUGAUGGUGAAGAGUGAACUCCAGCCUGAACACAUUUAACAUGGCUUAAGUCCUCAGUUGUAAUUAUCUUUAGCGUGAGACGUUUCUUGUCCGUAGCAUUUAUUAUACUACCCAUUAUAUCGAAAUGAUUCCUCGUUUUUGUAAAUUUAACAAGCGAGUUUUAGGUGAUGUAGCAUCUUCACGAUUGUUUAGAUACAUUUUGCGAACUUGCAAAACAAAAGUUUGUCUGUAUAGGCUUGAUUAGAAUUUAAUUUUAUCGUAUUCUCCAACCAUUAGGGCGAAAUGAAUUAAUCAUCUGCAUUUCAAAAUAGUUAAAGGAAAAGGAAUAUUAUGUUUUA